UAAGUAUCCAUAUUUCAAUAAUAUAAGAACUUUUCUUACUUUGGUUUUCAACUUUCCAACUCUUUAAUUUUUCUUCGAGUGAGAUAGACGUAUAUUUGAAAUAAUGAUGACAAAUAAAUUUUCAUCUUGUUUAUUAUUUUCGUUAAUGGUGCUUGUUCUUAUUCUUCUGCCAAUAAUUUCAGGACAAAGGAUACCAUGUCUACCGGGAAAAUGUACAGACUCAAUGAAAUGCAAUGCAACUUGCAAAUCUAAAGGAUACAAAGGAGGGGCUUGCGUACGCAUGGACGUUCACUCAAAGACUGGUGCUUGUUGCUGCAAAGUUAGAUUUGAAUCUCAAGAUUCUUCUCACACCAAUGUCCUCAUUACUAAUUAGUCACAAAUUUUAAAUGAUGUAUUUUUUAGUAUAUAAAUAAAUAAAAAUUAUACAAAUUAAUA